GAUGGCCGCGGGCUCGCCGUUCCCCGACGCCCGGCCGUCCGGGCCGGGGCGAAAAACUGCGUGACACGCAGCGAGCGUGGCGGCCAUCUUCCUCCUCCGGGCGCGUCGGCGGCGCCGGUUCGGGCCGAGGAGGAGCGUUGCGCAAGCGCGCCCGAGGCAGUCACAGGUAACUCCCAUCUGACGGGCGAGGCGUCGCCGUCGUCGCCGGAAGUUUGGCGUUGCUGCGCCGCGGGAGAGGCGGCGGUCGCGGCUGGAGCCACCCGGAUGUGAGGCGGCCCGCGUCGGACCCGCGGCCGGGGCGAGCAGAUCACAAAUACACAGGAAGUUUUUAGAAGCAUCAUUUAUUAGACGCAUCAUCAAUCAACUUAAAGUGAUACAUGAUUCCCGUUUCAGUAAGGUGCUGUGUAAUGUGUUAAGAGCAUAUUAUAAGGAAUGAUUUUGUCAAAUUUUCUUGAGUUAUGGUUGCUGAAAGAUCAGUUCUGUCUUGUGGGAAAAGAACUGGAUGACAGAAACCUUACUUGAAGCAAACCAGUAUUCUUGUUGAAAAUGUAUAGCAGCAUCAGUUAAAGUUCAUUCUUAAGACCUGCUUCUCAGUAAUAAUACUAGGCAUUCAGCAUUCCCACCUUCAAGGUCACGAAAAUUCUCUCAAAACUACUCAGAAAAGGAGGACAAAGGAAUGAUGUCCAUGCAGGAGAAAUCAAAAGAAAAUUCCUCCAAUGUCACUAAGAAAAGAGAAGAUAGAAAUUUAGAAACAAAAAUUGAAGAGUCUCAGAAAAAUCUAGCCAAAAAAUCAGGACCAAAGGAAGUUUUAAAAUCACCAGUUAAUUCUUCCAGUGAAAAUAAAAUAAAUCGGCCCGAAUUUGGAACAUGCAUGAGUACAAGGUCAGCAAAGGCAGCAUCCAGUGACAAAAAAGCUAACAACUCCAUUAAUAAAAAUGUAACUGUAAAUUCACAACAAGAAUCUAUGAAAAAGAAGAAAUCAUCUCAGAAAAAAUCAGUGAAUGAAACCUCCACAUCGAAUGAACAGCUUAACCGAAGAUCACAAAGACUACAACAAUUAGCAGAGGUUUCAACAAGGACUCUGCGGAGUAGAGAAAUUCAGGGCCCAGUACAAGCAGUUAAACAGAAUUUUCCACUAACAAGAAAAGAGUACUGUAGUAAUACUCAGAGUAAGACUAGUAAAGUAAAAACAAGUACAAACCAUGUGAAAAGGAAAGUACAGGAGAAGUCUGACUUUAAAGAGGAUGGAAAUCCAGUUCUCAAUGAAAUAAAUUCACCAAAAGGAAAAAAACGCAAAGUAGAGCACCAGGCAGCUGAUACCAGCAGUUCUCAGUGCUUAAAAGGAUCUGAUGAAAAGUGUCAUCAGAAGAAUUCUAGAAAAGAGGAAACAAAACCUGUGCCUGUAGCUUCUGAGAUAAAAAGAUCAAAAGUGGCUACUUCACUGAUCUCUGAAAAGAGUGAAAUGAAGAAGUCUGUUCAUACACAAGUGAUUACUACUGCAAAAUCCCCAAAACGUCCACAGCCAUUAGUGCCUGAACAAAAUGUCGAUAACGAACUGGAGCAAGAAGGAAAGAACAAGCGAGGUAGCAUUCUUCAACUAUGUGAAGAAAUUGCUGGUGAAAUUGAGUCAGAUACUGUAGAGGUGAGAAAGGAAUCUUCACAAGUAGAAAGUGUAAAUGAGGACCAGUGUACGGAAGUGAAAUUGGAAGAGACCGAUGUUGAAGGGCAAACACUUCAUCACCAGAAAACAAAUCAGGAUGUUCAGUGUAAUCGUUUCUUUCCCAGUAGAAAAACAAAGCCUGUGAAAUGUAUACUAAAUGGAAUAAACAGCUCAACUAAAAAGAACUCUAACUGGACUAAAAUUAAGCUAUCAAAGUUUAAUUCUGUGCAACAAAAUAAGUUGGAUUCUCAAGUUUCUCCCAAAUUGGACUUAUUACGAACCAGUUUUUCACUACCAGCUUUAGAAGUGCAUCAUCCAGUGACUCAGAGUACAUUUUUAGGGUUAAAACCGCAUCUUGAUAAAAACAUGGCUUGUCAGCAGGAAGAAAUGAAAAAACUUAAUUCUGAAGAAGCUAAAAUUAAUGACACUGAAGUUGAAAUUAAUAAAACCACAAAAAGUGCUUCUGAAAAUUGUGAUUUGGAUAAUCAGAUAAAACUUCCUGUCCCAUCAUUGGAUAACCAGAUGAAACAUUCUUCUGAAUCAACACCAGAUAAGAAUUUCAGCCCGCAUUUGGAAUCUAAGCUUGAAAAGAGUACAGUGGAAAAUUCCACCACAGUUGCAGCACUGCUCAGUCAAGCAAAAAUUGAUUCAGGAGACAGUACAUUUCCAGGUUCAGUUCCCCAACAGCAUAGUAGUAUACUCAGUAACCAAACAUCUAAGAUCAGUGACAACAGAGAGAAGACACAAAAUCAUUCUUGGUCUGAGUGUAAUUCCCGUUUGGAGUUAACAAUUCCAAAGGAGUUGAAGCUAAAAGAAACAGAAAAAGUUGAUGAAAAACAGUUGAUCAUAGAUGCUGGACAAAAAAGAUUUGGAGCAGUAUCUUGUAAUGUUUGUGGCAUGCUUUACACAGCUUCAAAUCCUGAAGAUGAAACACAACAUCUGCUCUUCCAUAAUCAGUUUAUUAGUGCUGUAAAAUAUGUGGGCUGGAAAAAAGAAAGAAUUCUGGCUGAAUACCCAGAUGGCAGGAUAAUAAUGGUCCUUCCUGAAGACCCAAAGUAUGCUUUGAAAAAGGUCGACGAAAUUAGAGAGAUGGUUGAUAAUGAUUUAGGUUUCCAACAGGCUCCACUAAUGUGCUAUUCUAGAACUAAAACACUUCUCUUUAUUUCUAAUGACAAAAAAGUAGUUGGCUGUCUAAUUGCGGAACAUAUCCAGUGGGGCUACAGAGUCAUAGAAGAGAAACUUCCAGUUAUAAGAUCAGAAGAAGAAAAAGUCAGAUUUGAAAGGCAAAAGGCCUGGUGCUGCUCAACAUUGCCAGAACCUGCAAUCUGUGGUAUCAGCCGUAUAUGGGUAUUCAGCAUGAUGCGACGCAAGAAAAUUGCUUCUCGAAUGAUUGAAUGCCUAAGGAGCAAUUUUAUAUACGGCUCAUACUUGAGUAAAGAAGAAAUUGCUUUCUCAGAUCCCACGCCUGAUGGAAAACUGUUUGCAACACAGUACUGUGGCACUGGUCAGUUUUUGGUAUAUAAUUUUAUUAAUGGACAAAAUAAUACCUAAAACAGAUUCUUGCCUACAGUACUAGAAGAUCUACUGAAGAGAAAUGAGAGAAAUGGGAUUGGUUGCUGACUUUAACCAGGAACUAGGGCCAUUUUUAUUAUAAUGAACUCAGGAUUGGCAACAGCCAUAAGGUUGUUCCAUUUUCAUAAAUUGGAAACAAUGCAGUAAUAGCUUAUUGUUUUGUUUUUUAAAGAAGAUAUUUUAUUAUCUUUUACAGAAAUUUAUGAUUGAUGUAUUUUAUCUAUACUUAUUUAGACAUGUUUACAUGCAGCGGAUAAUUGUUCAUAGUGGACUGAAAACUAAUGCAAGGACUAUGGUCUCAGUUGAUAAGUAUAUUUUGAAGUUCUUAAUAUGGAAAUAUACCAGUGUAGCUUGGUGUACUGUAUUUUUUUAUAUGAAUCUGCUGAUACCAGUUAGUUUUAAAGAUGUAUUUUCACAGAGCAGAAACCAGUGUUUUUGUUAUUAUUUAAGAAGAGACUCUGAAAGAUACUUUGAUGAUGACCCUUUAAAAAAAAAAGCAGAGUUCCAGGGACCAGAGAGAUAGUACAGCAGGUAGGGUGUUUGCCUUGCACAUGGCCACCCUGGGUUCAAUCCCCGGCAUCCCACCGAGUACCGUCAGGAUUGAUUCCUGGGUGCAGAGCCAGGAGUAACUCCUGAGCAUUGCUAGGUGUGGCCCCCAAACCUCCCUACCACCCUCCCCCCCAAAUAAAGCACCACCCCGGGUACAUGAAGAAUUUGGGUAUUGAUUUUUUUCUUUCAUCUCUUUUUUUAGGGACCUACUAAUGGAGAGCUAGUGUUAAGUAUCCCUUGAAGUUUAUUAUUUUAGUGUCAUUUUUUUUUUUAAAUGGCAACUUUGGCACACUUAGGCUAUUUAUUAAUCCCAAAGAGGUUUAUAAACAUAUGGAAUAGUCACAGCUAAACCUGAAUAACUUGGUAUCUGCGUUGUUAUUGCUCAGAAAUACUACACUGAGUAUAUACCCUUGUUACGGAACUUCAUUUUGAUACUUGUCUAUCCUUCAUAGUGCCCUCUACUUUUAAAGGGUUUAUAUGUUGAAAAACUGCUGUGGCCUUUUAUGAUAUGUAUAUAAUGUAGAAUAAAAUAAUAAAAUAAUUGAUAGCUUUUAAAAAAGUGAUAAAUGUGAUAAUGUGUUAUUUGUGCUUUUCCAAUGUUUCUUGGGUUCAGUACCU